AUGCAUCUGCCUCCUCUCGAUGUGGCCGUCUACCCUGUGGUCGCCAUGAACCAUGGCAGACACAUUAGCAGAUCAGCUCGAGCAGGGUCUGCAGUGUCGAGCAUCUCCUCUUCAUCGUCGGCAUCUUCUCCCACAUGUGCACCUUCUGCCGACUUCUCGGGCAUCCAAAGAGCAAUUCAGAGCGUCUUUCGCUCUUCCAAGAUCACUGUACGGAAAGCAGAGCGCCUUCCUGGACGUCUACACCAAGUCUACCGGGCACAAUUGGCCGAUGGUAGCAUUUUUGUGCUGAAGUGCCCGCCUCAUGUGUCAAGUCGAGCUCUCCGACAUGAAAAACAUGGUCUAGAAACCGAACUUAAAACGCUUCGCUAUCUCCGCGAAUACCGCCAGGGACAACUACCGGUGCCAGAAGUGUACCAAUAUCAAGAGCAUGGAGGAGUUCUCGGAUCGCCAUUCCUGCUGAUGAGCUUUGUACAAGGGAGGAAACUCGCUGAAAUGCUCACGUACCUCUCCGCGCAUGAACGUACCACGAUCGACCGAACCUUAGGUGCCUACAUGCGAAUCAUCACGAUGCUCAACGCGCAGCAAUUCGGUAUGACACACACCGUGUUCGCAAACAAAGGUAGUGGAUCUUGGCGCGAGGCCUUCCGCGCUCUUCUGGAAUCGGCGCUGCGGGAUUGCGAAGACAUGCUCAUCACACUGCCGUAUGACAGCAUUCGAUACUACGUCGAACAACACCUACACACCCUCGACGAAGUCCAAACGCCUUGCAUGGUAGCAAUGGACAUGUGCGACCCGCAGAGCGUGCUUGUAGACGAACAAACUAAGAAAGUCACUGGCCUGGUCGGUUUCUCAAACGUGAUCUGGGGCGACCCUCUCAUGAACGAAGCAAUUGCAACUGGCAGCGAUGCCUUUUUCGAGGGUUACGGAGAGAGACCUCCGCGAUCACCAGGACUCCAUGCCCGACAGUUGAUCUAUGCGAUAUAUCGCGCGACAGUGCAGAUAGCCUCGCUGAACCACCGUCCACAGCCCCGCGUCAACGACACCGAUGCGCGGCGCUCAAUGACAUUCGCAGUCAACCGCCUUGCAGCACUGAAAUAA